AAAAAAAAAUAAAAAAAAAUAAACGCUUUGGUUUCUGAAAAAUGAAAAAACAGAGUUUCUAGGAAGAGAGGGAGAAGAAAGACGUAUACAGGUGAAGGGGAAAGGGUUCUUUAAACACUUGGUCUUCAAUCAAUUGGAUCGGUGGAGAUCGAGACGCAUGGCAGUCGGUUGAUGCAGUCCGCUUUUUUCCUCAACAAAGCAAUCACGCUUUCCAUUGAAUCAAUUUGUAAUCUGCUUCGACUUGGACUUGGCUUCAAUUUCUGAUUCCAUCCGUUCAAUUGAAUCAAUUUGAAGUGAAGAAUUGCGCUUGCUUUGUCACAGCAUUGUGUUCCGCCCUUUUGUUAUUUUUUGGUACAAAUAUUGGUCUUAUAGUUUAGGUUUACUACCUCGAGACAAUUAGGUAUUUUCAACAUGGGCAAAGCAUCAAGGGAUAAGAGGGAUAUCUACUACCAAAAAGCAAAAGAAGAGGGUUGGCGUGCUCGAAGUGCCUUCAAGCUCCUUCAAAUUGAUGAAGAAUUGAACAUAUUUGAAGGAGUGAAGCAUGUGGUGGAUCUAUGUGCAGCGCCUGGUAGCUGGAGUCAGAUUGAAAAGCCUUUACAAAGACAUGGUGGGAGGCUUGAACACAAUGAGACAUAUUGUGGUUCAUGCUAUGGUGCGGAAGUGUCAGAUGAUGAUUGUUGCAACUCUUGUGAUGAAAUUCGUGAAUUAUAUAGAAAGAAAGGAACCAAUUCCUGUCACUCAACUUGUAAGGAAAACUGCUUCUGUUAUGUAGGAGUUCACAUAGUCAGGAAUCGUAACAUGUGAGGUGCAUUUGCCUAACAGAUGGUUCAGAUGAUGAGUAUGAACCCAAUAGUAGCAGUGACGAUGAUGAUAGUGAUGGCUAGUUUUUGAGGAUUUUGAUGAAUAGAUUUCUAUAAUCUUUAAAUAGUUUUGGAUUUUGUUUACAAACUUGUAUAUGAUACAAUUUUGGAUGGUUUUUAACUUUUUUGUUGAAUUUAGAACUAAAAGAUAGUCUUUUUGGGUUGUUUUGAACUUACGGUUAAUUUUUGGAUGUUUGUAAUGUAUUGACAAUUUUUGAACGUUU